AUGGCAACACCAGCAGCAGGGACGGGAGCACUCGAAGACUCCCACGUGGAGGGAAGCGGCUCAGCGUUCGGGAGUUUGUUCGACGCAUGCCUUAAAGCCUUCCUGCAGGAGCACUCUUCGUUAGGCUGGGGCGGUGACUGUUUUACCGGCAGCGAUGAACCCUUUCAGCCACCCCAGGAGCUUCUCUCGCAGCUGCAAGAGGAGACAGGAUUCUCCCUUAGCAGCGUCGCAGACAUCAGCACCAGCAGCAGCACCCCCACCUCCGGAGAAUCACAAGCGGCGGGGGGAAGAUGGAGCUUGGACCUGUACCGUUGCUUCCUCCUACUAUACAAGGUGUAUGGCCACUUGCGCCUCAUAUCGUUGAACGAAUCGGCAGCCGAGAUUUCCACGCCCCUCCUAAGGUUCCUCCUGCUGCCUCACUGCAUGGGUAUCAUGGCGCUAGAACGGCCUGAACAGAUACCAGACCGCCUGCCUCGUCUGCGCGAGUCUCAAAUGUACCUGUUGGAAUAUUUGCAGUCUUUGGAGUCCGCUGAGCUGCUUGGGAAAGAUGAGUGUAAUCGUCUCGAAUGUCUUCUGGAUGCAGUUGCCGACCCUAGCAAGCCGCCAGCCUCAUCGACUAAGAACUUGGAUCCUGCCACGUGCAGAACAAAGCUGAUCGAGGCAGCCCGGGAGGAAAAACAGCUGACCACAGCCAUCAAAGCGAUGCUCUCUCAGAAGGCAUCGAGAGAAGCGUCGUGGGAUUCUGAAGAGGAGCGACGUCUGUCGCUUUCUCUUUUGCAGUUGUGUGCCAAGGAGAGCUUCAAGCAGCUGGAUUUCAUCAAACAGGAGACGCCUUUGCUGAUGAUGCGGCUUUCACACGACAGGACGGCUGCUGCCUCCCGAGAGGACGUCCGCAACUUCUUGCGCUCCCGUGCAUUCCAGCCUGCACACAACCUUCCGACAAUGAGUCUUGCAGAAUGUGCCGAUAUUGAGAUGGAAACGGAAACGAAAAAAAUAGGGGCUGCCAAACCGAAGGUAGUCGUGGAGUUUCCGACGGGGGAGGCUUGGCAAGCGGCGAAGGAAGAGAAGGAAAUGGAGGCUAGGAAAUGGGAUGACUGGAAGGACGAGCAUCCUAAGGGAUCUGGCAACAAGAUGUGCAAUAGGGGAUAA